UCUGACUUUAUGUAAAUUUUUAUAUUAUCUGAUUAAUUAAUUUCUCAAUUUGUGUUAAUAUAAGAAUGUUGAUGAACAAAAGUUAGAUGAACGAAGUAAAUAACAAUGAAUGUACAAUUUUUAAUUAAAAUUUGAAAACGGCCAUUUGACCGGGCUUGGUAAGGUUAAUGUUAAUUUACUUUUAGCCAUGGACAAGAUAUUUUACAAUACGAUAUUGUUAAUACGAUAUUAUGGCUGAGUCAUUUCGCGAUUAUGAUACAAUGUCGUUUACAAUCAUACUACGUCACGGACGAGAUAUCUUGUGCGUUUGCUUAUUAAAACAAAAAUUGUAAUUACAGAAAAACAGACUAACGGGACAUCUUAACGAUGGUGUAGUACGAAUAUUGUGUCGGGGGAUAACAUCGUCCGUAACAAUGAACAAACGGUAUUUUGUCGCGAAUAACUUGUCUGUGUCAUCGUGCGAAUGGUAUUGUGUCGCAACAUAUCUCGUCAAUGGUUACGAAGCGGAUAGUCAUUUAUUUGACACACUGCAUAUACUGCAUUAGAAAAAAUUUUUAAUUUGAGGAUUCUUGAAAGUAAAUGUAUGGUCUACUGGAAGAACACUAUAACAAGGUUUCCAUUCCUAUCGUGGUUUGAGUAUCGAUUUCUUGAUGACUAUAGAAGUGACAGGUGAUGUUAUUGGUGCAGAAUGUAAAUUAAAUUUUCUUUUUUACGUCAUUCAUAGAAAUAAAUUUAAUAAUAAUAUUACGAAACUGAUUUAAGAAGAUAAAGCAACAGGAUAAGAAACCAUUUCGAAAGAAUCAACAAUGUCGAGCAGUAUGUUGUUAAGCCUCUCGGAAACUUUAAAUACAUCCGAAGCUGCACUUCGUCUUCUUAUCUCCAUUCUUCUUGGAUUACCCAUCGCCCUUCUUCACAGAUAUACUUUGUACGGAAAAUGUCCAGUUUUUCAACAUAUAUUUUUUGCAACCUGUGGCGUUUUGAUUUGCUUGUGGAAUUAUGGACUCAAUAUACUUCACUCAGCAGCAGCAAUGUAUGUUACAUAUCGCGUCUUAAAACGCCUUGGUGGUUCCUCUUUAUCUGUUGUCAUUAUUUUUGUCUUCAAUAUGGCUUAUCUUCUAUGCGGAUAUUAUAUGACAAGUACAGAUGAUUAUGAUAUAAAAUGGACUAUGCCACAGUGUGUAUUAACUUUGCGAUUAAUUGGUCUUGCGUUCAAUUUGCUGGACGGUCAAAAACCCGAGGAAAAAUUGUCUGCAUCGCAGAAACAAGUGGCCUUGAAAGAACAACCAACGUUUUUAGAGAUUGCAGCAUUUGCAUAUUUUCCAGGAUCGUUUCUCGUUGGGCCACAAUUUAGCAUGAAAAGGUACUUAAACUAUGUAAAUGGACGAUAUACGAUGAUCGAUACGAAUACUUUCUCUAUGAAAGAAGAAAUUGAACUUCCUGAUUGUAUCAUUCCUGGUAUUUCUCGAAUGUUUGUCGGAUUUAUAUACUUGAUAUUCUAUCAAUUAGGGACUUCAUACAUUCCCAAUCAGUAUCUAUUGAGUGCAGAAUUCCGAGAACAGACAUUCUUGAAACGUCUUUUUACGAUUGGCUUUUGGGGUCAUUUCAAUCUGUAUAAAUAUAUUUCUUGUUGGUUAUUAGCUGAAGGGGUUUGUACAACUUUUGGUCUAACUUAUAAUGGAAAGGAUAAGAAAGGUCGUCCUCUGUGGAAUGGUUGUGAAAAUGUUAAAUUGUUAAAAUUUGAAACAGCAACUCAGUUUAAUGAUUAUAUCUUAUCAUUUAAUAUAAACACUAAUAAUUGGUGCGCUGAAUAUAUUUACAAGAGGUUGAAAUUUCUGGGAUCGAAAAUAUAUAGUCAGUUUUUCACCCUGGUUUUUCUCGCAGUUUGGCAUGGGCUUCAUUCAGGAUACUAUAUAUGCUUCUUCCUCGAGUUUAUUAUCAUGUAUGCUGAAAAAGAUUUAUCUCAAAUAUUGAAGAGACAACAGAAAUUACAAAACUUAUUAAACAAUCGUCCAGAACUUCAAAUUCUCACAUGGAUUCUUAUGCAUAUGUACACAUUUAUUUUUAUGGGUUAUUGUCUUGUUUGUUUUACAUUUUUGUCAUACCCUCGUUAUCAUCAGGUUUACUUUUCUAUUUAUUAUUGUGGUCAUAUAAUAUAUCUCUCUUAUCCACUGAUUUCACUACUUGUUAAGAUAUUUUUUCUCAAAAAACGGUCUAAAAAGCUUGAACAGUAAUGUAAAUGUAAAAAAGUUUCUGAAUAAGUUUUAUUUUUCUUUAAUGAUACUAAAUAUAAGGAAAGUGAUUGAAAUGAAAUGAUGAAGGGUACAUUGUCUUCAAAUACUGGGAUCGCACAUAAUUCGUUGAAGUACAAGAAAUAUUUAUAAACUAUUUUUGAAAAGUGCCAAUUAAGAUAAUAAAAUAUACAAUACAUUUUUUAUGAAUAGUAGAAGGUUGUAAUUUCCGUAUAAAUAGAAGAAAAUUUAUGUUUAAAUUUCCCAGAAAUGACCUAUUUAUACUUGUGGAAAUCUUUUUUUAAGAAGAAAAAGAAAUGGAAAAUUUCACUAAUCUUUAAUCUUUUAUUAAGCAAGAACUUAAUAAAUUUGCAAUGUAGGAGUAUGGUUUUUUAAUCAUACUUAAUGCUUAUAUCUUAACAUGUUCAAUUUAGGUAUUUGAGGAAACAUUUUAUUUUUGGAAAAUAUUUGUAAUUUCAUAUUGUGAUUAGUAGAUAUAAACAGAUACUUAACACUACUUAAGGAUUUAUUUUGUGUGAUAUUGUAUACUAAAUAUAAAAAAUUACACCUUCCUCGAUUAAUAGGCAGAAUUAACUUUUGAACAUGUACAAAAUAUUUUUUGUAUAAACUUUAAUACGUACAAAAUAUUUAAGAGAGCUAUUACAAAUAUCUUUAUUUUGAUUGAUGCUUUUUAAGAAAAUUAUUUCUUUUUACAAAAAGAAUUGUGCUUAGCAUCACUUUAGACAUACUUUAGGUAGUAAACACUAUUCUAAAGUUUCUGCUCUUUUAAAAACAUGAUGCAUUUAAAGAUUGAAAUACGGAAAAGUAUGAUGUAUGACUGAUGAUAGUAAAGAUAUGAUUAUAUAAAUAAAUGAAAUUAUUGUUUGUAGUAAUUUAAAAAGUUAUUAAAAUUUGUGAAAUCAAUUUUUCAUUUUCGGUUAAAUUAUAAUCAGAAUCGUAAAUGUUGCCGAUUCCACAUGAUUAAAUUAUUUAAUAUGUAUCAUCAUUGUAACCUUAUAUUGUUAAAUAUUGUUAAGUAUUUAUAACCUUUUGAGUGCCAAAGUAGAUCGAAAAAAUGUAUGUAUACGAAAAAUGUCAAAUUGUGCGAUCGCGCUCGAGUGAUUUAUGGUUGUUUGAGUAUUAUAAUCAGGUACUUACAUACUAUCCAAAUUGAAACAGGAAGAAUGAUCGCAUUAUGUAGCACUUAAGACGUUCCAUGCCAACCAAUUUUCGGUAAAAGUUGAAUUUUUUAUUAAAAUUAUUGUCCCCAUAAUGCGUGUAAACAAGUUUAUAAGUGUUAAGAUAAAGAAGUAAGUAUGUACACUAUUUGUAGUACAUGACUUGAAUGGAAAAGUUACGCGAAAAUAGUGUGGCAUGGAAACCGUCAAGCGUUUAAAAGUAUUUAUAAAUUGAUCAAUUUAAAGCCAAAUUAUUUCUUUAUCUUAAAAGAAUGAUAUUUUAAAAUAAAUUGUUUGCGUAAAUAUUGAGUUAAAACUUAAGUUUAAUUAUAAGUACAUUAAAUUUAAUUAUAAGAUUGUAGGAAAGAGUGCAUAGUAAGUUGAGUACUAAGUUCGUUUAUUUAUAAAUGCAAGAUUCGUAGUAAUUAUUGAAAUUUUCGGGUAUAAGCUGUGCUCUAAAAUAUUCCGACAUAUAUUUUAUCAAGAUAGCAGUUAGCUUUAUUACGAAUAAAAAAAGUCUACUCGAUUUCUGUCCUAUUUGGGUUUAGUGGACUUCUUGCUACAGUGAUGAUGCUAACUAAACGAAACGUCGGAAUAAUUCGUCUUAAUAAUUCUUAACAUGUUCUUCGAAAAAUGUUCGAUUGUUUCGAAAAAUGUCUAUCUCAUGAUUUCAAUGGUUAUAAUAAUUAAACAUAUCAGGUUAAGUUAAGUCCUCCAAGGAUGUAUAUGAUUGUACAUAAUUUAGUAAGUACUUCUGUAUGUAGUAUGUAUUUUGUAAUAGGUAAAGCUUUUCUGAUGAUGAGUGAGUGCAGCAUUAUUUUUGAUAUGUAAUAUUGCUUUAUUUCUGGAAAGAACAAUGUAGGUUUUUAAGAAAUAAACAAAAAUAAAAAUUUGUCACAUAUGGUAAA